CCAAAACCUCUUUUAGUGGCGUUAUGUUUGGGCCGACCUUCCUUCACGAUCAUCGAUCCAUCCGGCGAGCGUUAGCGUCGACGUAACACGUGAAUCUCAACGUGUAAUCUUAUACGGAACUUGACACACCUCAUACAUAUACGAUCAUUGAAGUCCGAAAAUCGAUUGACGGUCUUCUCCUGUGCCGGAGCACCACAAUUUCCGGCUUCGAUCACGUACCGGGGUAUACCUUGAUGAGCUGAGGUCAAAGACCAUACACUUGUUGAAAAAAAAGUGUGAUCAUGAGGAUUGGAGUUCCUUCAUUGGUUGAUCUAUGUGUUCAGAAAGCAAUCGACAAUAUUAGAUAUCUUGGGUAUGUUGGGGAAAUAGACUGGCAUCUUCUCGAUCGCAUUUUACCCCACUGUACAGUUGACCAGCUGAUACACAUUGAGAAUUCAACAGAAGAAAGAGAUCUUAGUCCAGUAACUGAUAAAUUGUGGAAGAGAUUUUAUGAGAUACAGUUUGGUGCUAAGAGCACCAAUCUUGUGGUUGAGAGGAUGAAACAGAAGAAAGUAACUUUCAGAUGGAAACAAUUGUAUGAGGCAAAGUCAAAGAAUGUGGAGGAAAUUCAGCAAAAGUCAUUUGAUAGAAUAAAACAACUGUAUAAAAAAGAAGAUGCUCGAAAACAAAGUCGGCAAGUUCGGAUUUGCACAAAGGUUCCACCUUCAAGCUGUAAAAGAAGUUAUUACGGAGGUGGACCUGGUAGCAGUGUAUGCAAUACAAAGAGCAACUUAAUGAAGAAGGCAAAACUAGAGUUUCUUAACAGCAAAGAGGUAAAGAAUUUGGCAGCUAUGAAGAAAAAUGCAGUGCAAAGAAAGCAUGGUCUCUCUUCCAUGAGUAAGCCAGUUGGUUUUUCCGGGAAUCCUUCUGCUUCAACUUCCAAACUUAGUAAGCCAACAGGAAGGAGAGUUUAGAAGGCCUACUGAUUCUUGGCAAUCUUGCUGAGUGAGUAGUGUUAUCUACCAUAAUGUCAUCUGUAUCUUCUAUUCGCAGUUUCAUCCGAAAAGAAUUUAUCAUAUGGUGAAUAUCAUUUACAUUUCAUCGUCUCAUUCUCAUUUCGCACUGCAACAUUUUCACAUGAAUCAUCAUUGAUGCAUGAAUCAUCAUUGAUGCCUUGUAUAUUUGGUUGCUUUUUGCAAAGACAUUGAUAUUUUCAUUUUGGGGCAAACCUUAAUACAGCCCUAUCAAGGUUGAGGGAAAAUAGAAUGAAAAUACUUAAAAU